AGGUCGUUUUCAGUAUCUCUCCGCGAAUUUGUCCGUCCCGUCUUGUAUUCUCUUGAGGUAGUCCUACAUUGUUUUUUUUUAUGUAAAAAAUAUCCACAAAAUAACAUGCUAGUAUGAAUAAAAGAUCAAAAAUAAGAUCAUAGAACAGCUACAUGAACUCCCAGAGGAAAUAUCUCGUAGGCCGUAGUCUUACAACAAGGAGCAAGCAUCGGCGAUUUUAUCUUCUAUGUAUUGGUAAGUGAAAGUAUAUUUUUAUUGUGUUUGUCGAUAUCUCCUUUAGCAGAGCAACGAGAAGAACUUCGCCAUCGAAUCAAUUGGGCAUCAUCUAGUUGACCUUCUACGACAAAAGAGACGCCACGACCUCGUACAAAAAAAACAAGAUGCUGGGUGGUCGUUGCACGCGAAAUGAUCUGAACAGGAGGGUCAAGAAGGUUGCGGUUUUGCUCGUGACGACAUCCACGGCAGUUUUGUCGUACAAUACUCAUGCUGCCGAUGACGUCACUGGACCGAUGGCACCCCGAGGUGAAGAUGGUCGCGCAGAUAAGAACGAUUUUUAAGGCUUGGCGUGGUACUAGUUCACUUUGAGAAGCAUCUUUGUUGACCCCAUUUGUUCCCAAGGGAAGCUAGCGCAUGUCUGUGAAAGAUGACUUGCAACAAGGUGAAAUUGGGCCAGCUCUAACAUGUUGCCUUCAGCUCGCGAAACACGACAAGGCAAACGCCUCUCCUGAGGGGUACUAGCGCCUUUCUUCAACCUUCGCUUGGUGCCAGUUCUAACGGGAACUUGCGUGAGAACAUGCGGGAAUGGAUCGAGUACGAAAAGUGCCCCAAUGUGUGCAAGCGUCGGGGUACUAAUCGUGAGCAGUGUGAGGAUUCGAAGCCGUCUGAGAAGUGUACUUGUUAUCUCGAUGUUUCCUCCCAGACCCAGUGCAAAGACAGAUCGUGCGACGAGAAAUGCUCGCGGAGCUCCCAUCGGGGUGUAGAUCAUUGCUUCCGACAAGAAGCUAAGGACUGUUUUUGCCAAUGGGAAAAACCAAAAACUGAUGGUAUGAUUCCUACUAUUUUUUCUUGUGUUUUUUUGAGUGCACCCGUGUGUCCCCUUCUACAACCGUAAGUGUCUGCAGAUUGUUAAGGCCUUUUUACUUGAUAACUCUAAUAGGGUAGGUACUAUCGUACAGCAGGUACUGUACAAAAGAUAGUGCAACGUGAUCAUAAGUUAAGUAAGAAUCAGCAACUACUGCCUGUAAUUCUCGGCUCUUAUCUCACGCUUACCAGUUUUUGAUUGAUAUUUCACCACUUGAGCUUCCUUUCUAGGUAUACAUUCAGAGUCCUUCCAAUGACAUACCUAGAUACAACUAUUAUACAGCACCCCUCAGAAAUUUAUCGCCCAACCAAGAGCUAACUUCAGGGUUCUCUUUUUUUAAGAAUAUACAUAGUUCUAGUUUGUCUCUAUGCAUUAUCCUCCAUCGACAGGCACAAUGUUGUACCGUUCCCCGAAGCGCUGCGUGGGAUAUGAGACAGAAGCGUCGUGCGAAACCAUAUGUGGAGCCGACAGCGCUUGCCCACUGGCGCGCGGUGGUUGUUGCUGCAGUUGGGACGAGAAGAACAAGAUGUGCCUGGUAAAAAAAUGUGAUCCUGAUCGCCCCGACACUCGCGCGUCGGCAUGGAGUCUCCCGCGUUUUGGCAGCGUGGCCCGGAUCAUGACAGAUUUGUUUAGAACGAAGCAGGAAAAUGUUAUGGCGCUCAGAAAUCCACCUUCACGAUGCAUCCUUGUCUUUGGUUUCUGCUUUUCACCAAAGCCAUUCCCAGAUGCUAAGGGAUCUCGUGUGAGUGUGGGCUUCCUUCGGUAAUAUCUAAUAAAAAUACACCUCCAGCAGCGGUGCAGGAGGCACCUCCUAAAUAA